UGUUGCCCGCUCUUAGCAACUCACGUUGGACCAAAUUUCGAGCCUGUCGCUAGAUUCUCGUUGUAGGUAGUAUUCGUAGGUGUGCACGCUGAUUCUAUUUAUUCUUAGAUUUUAUAUUCUUCUACUCAAAAUAUAUUUUCUUUCACGAAUAAAGUCAACAUAAACGCGAUUUUUCGGAAACGACCGAAACUUGAAAAAAGGUAUCUGAAAUUUUUGCCAGUAACCGCAAUCAGAACUUUUCCAAACUUGCCGAUCCGCAUUAGAUGGAUUUAUGAUAAGUGUUUACUUGUUCGUGUUCUCAAAUUGAUAAAUACUCCGUAAUGUUAAGGAGAGUGCGAAAUUCAACGGGUCGGGAAAUUUUAAUUUUUUUUCCUGCACUUGAAACAUUCGUGGAUAAUCUAGCAACCUUAGUAGAGUGUGUUCGGAAUUAACUCUAGAUUCAUCGUCUAAUUGAAGAAUUCACUGUUGAAAUAUUGUUGAACACUCUAGGCCGUUGACUUUCACCUGAGACUUACUUCUUUUUACUCCCGGAAUGUUAUUAAGCUGAAUCGUGUAUAUAUUGAAGGCCACAGGAAAUAACAAAGCGGUGGGCCAGAUUGAUGGGAUGAAAGUGCUCCAAGCCUGGAGAGCGAUCGGAGGACUGAGAGCGACUGGGACGAUCGGAGGAUGAGCGGAUCGACGACGGGCACCUCGGAGACGCUGGCCAACUCCGGGUACUGCAGCGGCGAUGAGACGGCGAGCCUCCUCUCGUCGCGGACGACCCCGCUGCCGACGGUCAAGCCGGUGCUCAUCCGCCAGGACUGCACCACCUCGCUCCGCAAGUCCCCGACGCCCAACCUCUCCACCUCCGGCGGGGCCAUGGGCAACAGCGACGAGUCCGGCAACACCGUCUGCGCCGAGGACUACAACGCCCGCUCCCUCACCGAGCUGGACCACGCGUCCUCCGCGGCGGCGGCCACCCGGUUCCCCGGCUCCGGGCUCCGCAACUCGGCCCCGCCCGGCGGGUUCCACCUCGUCCCGUACGUCCGCUGCCACUGCGAGCGGCGCAAGUCCCACUCGCUGGCCCGCUCCGCCUCGCGCGAGUCCGUCCGCUCCAUCCACCCGGCGCCCACCGUCCACCUCACCAUGUCCCCGAGCUCCCGCAUCAUCCGCCAGAGCUCCCAGCCGGAGGCCACCUGCUCCGGCCACUGCUGCCACGUUCACGGCGGCAGCGCCAGCCCCAUCCCCAGCGGCUCCAUGCGCCACCUCAGGGACCCCGCCGACGGCCUCGCCAUGAUCGCCGCCGAGUCGCUCCGCUACAACGGGGCCAUCAGGCAGUUCAAACAGGGGAUAUUGCUCAAUCCGCAAACGUUGGCCCAAGCGCGACGCUCCAGGUUCAGGCGGGCCUACACCGACGCCGCCCCCGCCACCAGCGAUCGCAGUGACGUAGCAGUCGCAAAAGCCACGCUGCGGAAGCCGGUGUCGACAGUGUCCACACAUUCGAUUCCGGGGGCGAUGAAGGAGAAGCCCGGGCGAGGGGACAGCGGGGGCGGGGACGACGGGGCGGGGAUGGCCCUGGUGGGGAUCCACGCGGACUUCCCGCGCUACACGGAGGAGCGGGAGCGGGCCCAGGGACUCCCGUGCAAGGGCAACAGCGUCGGCUCCACCGGGAACCUCCACAGCGUCAAGCACAAGCCCAGCGUCGGCUACAGGCUCGGCAAGCGCAAGGCCUUAUUCGAAAAGCGCAAGCGGAUUAGUGAUUACGCCCUCGUCAUGGGCAUGUUCGGCAUCAUCGUCAUGGUCAUAGAGAGCGAACUCUCCAGUGCCGGCAUUUACUCCAAGUCAUCGUUCUAUUCUACAUCUUUGAAAACGCUUAUUUCUGUCUCAACUGUGAUUCUUCUUGGACUAAUAGUUACUUACCACGCUCUAGAAGUUCAGUUAUUUAUGAUAGACAAUUGUGCAGAUGACUGGCGAAUCGCAAUGACGUGGCAGAGGAUGGUGCAAAUUGGCCUUGAGCUCCUUCUCUGCGCGGUUCAUCCAAUUCCUGGCCAAUAUUAUUUUUUGUGGACCACCAAGCUAGCUAACAAAGGUGGUGAAUAUGCUUCCCGCUGGGUGCCUUAUGAUGUGACCUUGUCUCUCCCUAUGUUUUUCCGUCUUUAUUUGAUAUGCAGGGUCAUGCUCCUUCAUAGUAAACUAUUCACCGAUGCCUCAUCUAGGAGUAUUGGUGCUUUAAACCGGAUUAAUUUUAACACCAGGUUUGUUCUGAAAACACUGAUGACAAUUUGUCCGGGGACUGUUCUACUAGUUUUUAUGGUUUCACUGUGGAUCAUAGCGAGUUGGACGCUUAGACAGUGUGAAAGGUAUCAUGACGAAGACCACGCUAACUACCUGAAUUCUAUGUGGUUGAUUGCAAUUACUCUUCUGAGCGUAGGAUAUGGUGACAUCGUGCCUAACACAUACUGCGGACGAGGCAUCACUCUUACCUGCGGUAUAAUGGGAGCUGGAUGCACAGCCUUACUGGUUGCCGUUGUCUCACGUAAAAUGGAGCUCACGCGAGCUGAAAAACAUGUUCACAAUUUUAUGAUGGAUACUCAACUCACUAAGCGCCUAAAAAAUGCAGCGGCAAACGUUCUGCGAGAAACUUGGCUGAUAUACAAACAUACUAGGCUAGUAACGAGAGUCAACCCGGGUCGGGUGCGAACCCAUCAGCGAAAAUUUCUCCUAGCUAUUUAUGCCUUAAGAAAAGUUAAGAUGGACCAACGAAAACUCAUGGACAAUGCCAACACAAUUACUGAUAUGGCAAAGACUCAAACUUCCGUUUAUGAAAUUGUCUCAGAGAUGAGCGCCAGAUGUGAUACUUUAGAGGGUCGCCUUGUAGGAGUAGAAGAAAAGCUACUAGCAAUACAAGAGCAGAUUGAGCUUCUUCCAGACCUUCUAAGCCGAUGCGUCCAACAAGCAGCGCAGCAGCAGGUGCAGUUAUCAAGUAGUGCAGAAAAAGCAAAUGAAUCAAAACGGAAUUUUCUGCAUCCAGAAUCAGCGGCCAUGCAGUCAACAUCACCGAGUCAUUGUAAUUCCCCUCUCCUCUCGCACUCGAGGAGUGUACCCCCAAAUACCCCUUAUCAGUGGCCCACUAGUCCCAUUUUGCCCCCUAUCAGCAGCCGCACUCCACAUUUAGUACCAGAACCACUUCAACCUACCUCUAGCUGAGUGUAGCUCAACUGCUACCAGUGGAUGGAAAUCUGUUCUUUUUGGUGCUGUGUUGGAGUGUAAAGUGAUAUUUUAAAUUCUACUUUAGAAUAAUGUAAAUAAAAUAUUGUUUUGGUUACUGUAUUAAUCUGGGAUCAAAAAUGAAACAUUU